AUGGCUACAGCAACACGUCGUACUUUACCAACACUUAAAGUAAAACAAUUACAUCCUCCACGUUUACCAUCACCAGGAAAAUUAGUAACAAAUAAAACAAACACCGGAAGAAAUCUUGAUCCAAUUGAAAAACGUCUACUUAAUAUUCGUCUUCAUCUUUUACGUACUACAACACGACGAACACAAACACCUAGUGAACCAUCACUUGUUUUUGAUUCAUUUCUUUAUUUAGGUGGUUUAAAAUCUCUUAGUAAUCGAGUUCGUCUUACACGUCUCAAAAUAACUCACAUUCUUUCCAUUGUUUUUAUUCCACCAGCAAAAAAUCUCAUUCCAUCAAAUAUCAAACAUCUUUUUUUAAAAGCUGAUGAUAAUAUUGCAUUUAAUAUAAGACAAUAUUUUGAACAAGCAUGUGAAUUUAUUGAAGAAGCACGUCAAUCAAAAGGUUGUGUACUUGUUCAUUGUGUAUGUGGUGUAUCACGUUCAACAACAUUAUGUUGUGCUUAUUUAAUGAAAUAUCAUUCCAUGAGUGUUGAACAAGCAUUAGUACAAUUACGUUCACGUCGUCAUAUAAUUCAACCAAAUAAUGGUUUUCUUCGACAAUUAGUUUUAUAUGAUGAACAAUUACAAAAAGAACAUUAUAAUCAUGAUAAAACAACACUUAAUGUAAUGAUUGAACAGUUUGAGAAUAUUUGA